CGCCUAGCCUGGUGCUACUGCACUUCCUCAUUGGCAGCAAAGUGUUAGUACUCCUGCGACGUUUGUGACUGAAAUAAACACACGGCGGGUUUCGUUUUAUUUUAUCUCCGGGCCGCACAAAUGUCGAAGCCCCCUCCCAAGCCGGCCAAGCCAGGCCAAGUCAAGGUGUUCCGAGCGUUGUUCACCUUUGACCCCAGAACGCCGGACGAGCUGUUCUUUGAAGAAGGAGAUUUCUUGUACAUCUCUGACACAAGUGACAGUAAUUGGUGGAAGGGGACAUGCCGAGGAAGGACGGGACUAAUUCCAAGUAACUAUGUGGCUGAGCAGGCAGAGUCUAUUGACAAUCCAAUGCACGAAGCAGCCAAACGAGGCAAUCUGAGCUGGCUGAGGGAAUGUGUGGAGAACAAGGUUGGAAUUAAUGGGCUGGAUAAAGCGGGAAACACUGCCCUCUACUGGGCAUGCCAUGGAGGACAUAAAGAUGUGGUGGAGGUGUUGCUAAGCCAGUCCAACGUGGAGCUCAACCAGCAGAAUAAACUCGGGGACACCGCUCUGCACGCUGCUGCCUGGAAGGGUUAUUCUGACAUUGUGGAAAUGUUGCUGAGCAAGGAUCCGAGGACAGACAUCAGGAACAACGAGAAAAAGCUGGCUCUGGAGAUGGCCACAAACGCAAUGUGUGCUUCACUUCUCAAAAGGAAGCAGGGAGGCAACAUCACCCGCACACACAGCAACGCUGAAGAGUAUUUGGACGAUGAAGACUCAGACUGAGCUGUUGAAACAUCAUCACUGUCUUCCAUUGUGUUUCGGGCGGUCGGGCAGCUCGAAUAGUUUUAUUACAGACCUAAAGUGGAUUUGCUGCUAUGUAACUCCAUUUUAGUUCUAUUAUUUUGUGUAAACACCUCAGUACUUGGCUCUCCGCAUCAUGUCAAUGUGAAUUUCAAAGCAUUGAAUUGAUGCUUUUUACAGUUUGCCAAGUGCAUUUCCACCUGUGGGGGAUUUGUCUUGGAUGUUACACACUGUAGACUGAGGGGAAGAAUAUAUGUUGUAGUGGAGAAGGGACCACAGCUCUGAGACACGCAUUCCAAACAUACUGAUUGUGUUUAACCCAUUUACACUGGGCAUUAAGUACCAGUGCAGAUUAAAAGAUUGAUCUGGUCUGUGUCAAGUUUUAAUGCUCCGCUAAAAUUACUGAACUACAAAAUCACCAAACAGGAAUUGGAAACACAUUAUCUCUUGCAACUUGGAGCUCUAUUACAACCAGGCACCAUUUAGAUCUCUUUAUGUACAUUUAACCUGAAUAUUUCCCCUUUUUAAAUGGGACGUGCUGAGGGACCCAACGACACAUUGUCUUGUGUUUUCUGGUCAAAUUAUGGGUGUCAUUAAUGUGCAUUAACGGGCUUAAUAAGGGAAACUGUCUGUGAACUGUCUUGUAUGGCAGCAAUCUUCCUCCCCCUCCUUUAUAAUGUCAUUAAACCUCACCUGCUACUCUUUGUUCUGCACAUAUUUUGGUCUGUGCUAUAACACUUCCACUAUUAAAGAGCAGUUCAGUGUCAUUAAAAAAAUCUGCCCCAUGUUAAACACUUUAAAUUACUCUUUCAUCUUUCAGGCUUUUGAUAGUGUGAUUUCCAUCCUGGGAGAACAUUUCUGGUUUCAUUGCUGCUUUCCAACAAAUGUUAUAUAUUAAAGUGCCUUAAAUAUGCGUACUAUCGAAAGUGUGUCUUUGGUUGUGUAUUAAUGUGAACAUGCUUUUGUCUUCUGAGGUUACGAAUUGCUGAGGAUGAUUUUGUUCUAGAUUUCUAUCUGCUGCGUCUUCAAUCUACAAUAAAAUAUUUUUAACUUAAAAUGUCA